AUGUUUAAAACAGCUAAGGGCUUCUUGAAAGAGGACUUGUUGUUUGCAGCAGAAGAAAUAGGAGAGACACUGCCUGAUAAGGUAAAAAUUUCUGAACUGAAAGAUAUUAUUUUGAAUAGCAAAGAGUAUUUGGAUGAUCCAGACUUUGUGACAAAUAUUUUAGUAACGGCCGUGAGCCAGCGAAAACUAAAAGAAGAACAAAAACAAAAGCAAACAGAAUUUGAAAAAGCGGAAAGAUUAAAACAGCUAGAAUACGAAGAAAGUGGAAAAAUAAGAGAACACGAACUGGAAUUGGCGAGAAUCAGAGCAACGUUGCCAAUUACAGGUGAGUCUCAAAAUACUGUUAUAUCUGGUGCUAAAAAGAAAUUUAAUCUGCCAAAAUUAGAAUUUAGACAGUUUAAUGGCGAUAUUAAAGAUUGGCUACAAUUCUGGAGCCAGUUUCAACACAUUCAUAACGAUGAUGAAAUCGCGCCUGAGAACAAAUUUCAAUAUCUUGUGCAAGCUACUGUAAAUGGAUCACGAGCCCGAGAAGUAGUAGAAAGCUUCCCGGCAACAGCAGCCAAUUAUGCCAAAGCAGUUGAAAGUUUAAAAGCACGAUUUGGGAGAGAUGAACUAUUAGUAGAAGUUUAUGUUCGGGAAUUAUUAAAGCUGAUAAUCUCAGUUCAGAAACAUGAGAAAAUAUCGAUGACAUCUCUCUAUGAUAAACUCGAAUCUUAUCUGAGAGCCUUAGAGACUUUAGGAGUGUCUACUGAUAAAUGUGCUUCAAUUCUUUAUCCCAUGGUGGAGUCUUGUUUUCAAGAGGACUUUUUGAAAGCAUGGAAUAGAAGUGCUUCUUCAGCAGUCUCAACUGAUGCUAAAGACCGUUUAACCAACUUGAUGACUUUUCUUAAAGCAGAAACGGAGGGCGAAGAAAGAAUUAAUUUGGCUAUGGCUGGUUUUGGCUUGGGUGCAGAUGAAAAUCGCCAAUCAUUUAAGAAAAAAGUAAGAGAUUUUCCAAUGAAAAAAGUACCUACAGCUGCCAAUUUAUUUACUACAGCUUCAAAAGAAGUGAAGAAAGAAUGUGUUUUCUGUACUGGGAAACACUCGAGUCCAGACUGUUUUCAAGCUCAGAAGAUGAGUUUGGCUGAAAGGUAUAAUAUUUUAAGAGAGAAGCAAUGUUGUUUUGCUUGCUUAACACCAAAGCAUACAUCUCGUUCCUGUAAGGCAUUUUUAAGAUGUGUAAUAUGUGGGAAAAAGCAUGUCCCACUUAUGUGUGAGUCUCUAGAGGCUAAGAAUCAAGAUUCAUUCAAGAGUGAGAAUAAGAGUCCAAAUGUUGAAAUUAAUAUGGCCAACAACACUUCUAGUCCCAGGGUGUUCCUCCAAACGUUGAAAUUAAAAAUGGUGUGUGGUAACAAAGAAAUCCCAGUUAGGGCAAUUCUAGAUUCUGGGUCACAAAAGACUUAUGUAUUAAAGAAUGUUGUUGAGAAAAUGGGAUAUAUCCCACUCAGAAAGGAAAUUCUGAUGCACUCAUUGUUUGGGGGCAUUAAAUCUGACAAGUGCGAACAUAAUUGCUAUAGGAUAAAACUGAGAAAUCAAGACAACAGUGUUACAUGCAACCUGGAAGCAUUAGACCAGCCAUCUAUAUGUGACAAAAUUUCAUCAGUCACUCCAGGUUCAUGGAUUACAGAGCUCCGUGAGAUGAAGAUCAGGCUAUCAGAUGUAGGGGAGGAGCCACAAUCUGUUCAAGUGCUUCUUGGUUCAGAUGUGAUAGGGAAGCUCAUAACUGGCCAGCGUAGAGUUCUAUCCUGUGGGCUUGUUGCCAUGGAGACACUACUUGGCUGGUCUCUGUCAGGUAAAGUUCCUGAGAAUGAGAUGUCAUCAUGCAAUGCUAUGCUGGUGGCCUCCCUAUUUGUGAAAGAGAUGGAUAUCUCCCAAUUAUGGAGAUUAGAUUCCUUGGGGAUCCAAGAUCCUUCAGAACAAAAAACCAAAGAGGAGCUUCAUAAAGCGUCGAGGGAGCACUUCUUAAGAACUGUCAAGGUCGAUGAAGAAGAGCGAUUCCUUGUCUCCCUACCUUGGCUUGACGGUCAUUUGCCUCUUCCAGACAACUUCAAUUUGGCACUCAAAGGGUUGCAAGUGACAACCCAUAAGCUGAAGAAGGAAAACUUAUUUCAAGAAUACGGUGAUGUCUUUAAAGAAUGGGAACGAGAAGGCAUAAUUGAAGAAGUUCCCCAAGAGGAAAUAAAGUCUGCUUGGAGCGGUCAGCCUCAAUGA